UUUAAUUUCAGACAGUUAUCUGGUAAAACUCUGUUUAUAACCGGUGCAAGCCGUGGAAUUGGAAAGGCGAUCGCCUUGAAAGCGGCGCAAGAUGGCGCCAAUAUUGUCAUUGCAGCCAAAACUGCUGAACCCCAUCCAAAACUACCAGGAACUAUCUUUACUGCGGCGAAGGAAGGUAAUUUUUAUUUACUUUAACUUAUUUCCAGCCCAAAUUUCGAACCUACUCUCGAUCUUCUAGCUGUCAUACUAAAACUAUGAUUGCGUGAUACAAGUUAUUUUCCCAGACUGCUUGCGUGACACAUUUUGUUUACCUAUUUGUUUACACACGUGAUAAUUCCUUGAUGCCUUGUUCUGUUAGGGUCCCCAAAAGAGUAUUGAAGAUUACUUAUUCGACUUGAACAUCUCAAACUUCAGGAAAGAUAAAUGUGAAAAAAUGGUUCCUGUGAUGUAAUUGUUUGAGAAUUUUCUUUUUCUGAGUUUUCUCUCUGUUAGGAUAAGUGACAAAGAUUCAUAAAGACAAAAUAACUGGCAUAACACACAUUCACUGCCAAGAGCAGUCUUCUUCAUUACUACUUCCUGGGAUUGCCUUUUUCCACCAAUUUAUGACACAUUUUGAUUGGUACAAAACGUAUUGGUACCUGUAAAGUUAUAUUAUCAGUGGUAACUACUCAGAAAGAGUAUAUGAUUUAAGCAAUAGACCAAAUUUUGUAUUUGUUGCAUGGUAUAAUAAAGCCACUUGAAACAUUGCACACAUCUACAAAUCAACAGAAGGUUUGGUCAGGUGUACUGUGUAAGAUAUUGGAAUUAUUUUACUUGUAGUGGAAGAGGCUGGAGGAAAGUGCCUGCCCUGCGCAGUGGACAUCCGUGAUGAUGGAGCUAUUUCCAAAGCUGUUCAAGAUGCUGUAAAAAAGUUUGGUGGCAUCGAUAUACUAGUCAACAAUGCAAGUGCUAUAAGCUUGACUGGAACAUUGGACACAACGACAAAAAAGUAA